UUUCCUUUUUCACGUGAGGAUGAAGGGCUGCGUUAGAUUCGCGUCGGCCACCCGGAAACCGCGUUGAAGCGUGAAAGAAAAAGACCAGAAAAUUUAUCCUUCCCAAAACUGAAGAAUGAAGCUCUUGAUACUUGGGGCCACAGGACAAACAGGCCAGUUAUUAGUGAGACAAGCACUAGAACAGGGCCAUGUGGUGAAGGCUGUUGUAAGAACUCCCAGCAAGCUGACCAUUCAGCAUGACAACCUGAAGGUGGUGAAAGCAAAUAUCUUCUCAGCUGAAAGCCUUGUGGAGCACUUCAAUGAACAGGAUGCCAUCAUGUCCUGUCUUGGAUUCCCACUGAGCAUAUUUUCUGAUGUUACAGGAUAUACAGAAUCAAUAGAAGCUAUAGCUCAUGCUAUGCGUGAAGCAAAAGUGACACGACUUAUAGCAAUGACAUCCUGGUACACGAAACCUGAAACUGCUCAGGAGGCUUCCUGGACAAUUCGCUGGGUCUUGAUUCCCCUCAUCCGCAAAUUGCUGAUCAACAUGGACGAGAUGGAGAAUUAUCUGAGUAAUGACUGCCAAGACCUCAGGUGGACUGUGGUGAGACCACCAGGACUUCAGAAUGCACCAAAAACAGGCAAAGAAAUAUUAACUCAUGAAGGGUACUUUGUGCCAGGUCCAGAUGGAAUUCCCAUUGGAAAUUCAGUGACACGAGGAGAUGUUGCUCACUUUAUGCUGUCACUCAUUGAAGAAGAUUCGUGGAUUAAGAAGGCAGUAGCCAUGAUAACAAGAUGAAAGAAAUAUUCUUGCCAAUGGAGUGAGAACUUCUUUACUUUACAUUUAUUCCCAAUUUUCUAGCUAAAUUCUGUAAGAGUGUUGAUAUAAACCAUGAGAACAAAGAGACAGAGUUAGAACAUAGAACAGUACAGCACAGAACAGGCCCUUCAGCCCACGAUGUUGUGCCGACCACUGAUCCUCAUGUACGCACCCUCAAAUUUCUGUGACCAUAUGCAUGUCCAGGAGUCCCUUAAAUGUCCCCAAUGACCCUGCUUCCACAACUGCUGCUGGCAACGCAUUCCAUGCUCUCACAACUCUGUGUAAAGAACCCGCCUCAGACAUCCCCUCUAUACUUUCCUCCAACCAGCUUAAAACUAUGACCCCUCGUGUUGGUCAUUUCUGCCCUGGGAAAUAGUCUCUGGCUAUCGACUCUAUCUAUGCCUCUCAUUAUCUUGUAUACCUCAAUUAGGUCCCCUCUUCUCCUUUUCUCCAAUGAAAAAAGUCCGAGCUCAGUCAACCUCUCUUCAUAAGAUAAGCCCUCCAGUCCAGGCAGCAUCCUGGUAAACCUCCUCUAAACCCGCUCCAAAGCAUCCACAUCUUUCUUAUAAUAGGGCUACCAAAACUGGACGCAGUAUUCCAAGUGCAGUCUAACCAAAAUUUUAUAGAGCUGCAACAAGAUCUCACGACUCUUAAACUCAAUCCCCCUGUUAAUGAAAGCCAAACACCAUAUGCUUUCUGAACAACCCUGUCCACUUGGGUGGCCAUUUUAAGGAUCUAUGUAUCUGCACCCCAAGAUCCCUCUGUUCCUCCACACUGCUAAGAAUCCUAUCCUUAAUCGUGUACUCAGCUUUCAAAUUUGACCUUCCAAAAUGCAUCACCUCGCAUUUAUCCAGGUUGAACUCCAUCUGCCACCUCUCAGCCCAUCUCUGCAUCCUGUCAAUGUCCCGUUGCAGCCUACAACAGCCCUCUAUACUGUCAACGACACCUCCAAUCUUUGUGUCAUCUGCAAACUUGCCAACCCAUCCUUCAAUCCCCUCAUCCAAGUCAUUAAUAAAAAUUGCAAACAAUAGAGGCCCAAGGACAGAUCCCUAUGGAAUUCCACUCACCAUAGACUUCCAGGCAGAAUAUUUUCCUUCUACUACCAUUUGCUGUCUUCUGUUGGCCAGCCAAUUCUGUAUCCAGACAGCUAUGUUCCCCUGAAUCCCAUUCCUCCUGACCUUCUGAAUGAACCUACCAUGGGGAAACUUAUCAAAUGCCUUGCUGAAGUCCAUAUACACCACAUCCACAGCUCGACCCUCAUCAACUUUUCUAGUCACAUCCUCAAAGAACUCGAUAAGGUUGGUGAGGCAUGACCUGCCCCUCACAAAGCCGUGCUGACUGCAUUUAAUCAAGCCAUGCUCUUCCAGAUGGUCAUCAAUCCUAUCCCUCAGAAUCCUUUCUAACAACUUGCAGACGACAGUCGUGAGACUUACUGGUCUGUAAUUGCUGGGGAUUUCCCUAUUUCCUUUCUUGAAGAGAGGAAUUACAUUUGCCUCUCUCCAGUCCUCAGGUACGACUCCAGUGGAGAGCGAGGAUGAAAAAAUCUUCGCAAGUGGCGAAGCAAUUGCAUUUCUCGUUUCCCAAAGCAGCCGAGGACAAAUCUGGUCCGGGCCUGGCGACUUGUCAAUCUUAAUGUUUGACACAAUUUUCAGCACAUCAGCUUCCUCUAUCUCUAUCCAUUCCAGCAUGCACACCUGCUCUUCAAAGGUUUCAUUCACUACAAAGUUUGCUUCUUUUGUAAAGACAGAAGCAAAAAACUCAUUAGUGGAGUAAGGAAGUAAAGACAAAACCGAGUGCUACAGUAGAAAUGUUGCCAAACAAGCUCCUGGGAAUUAAAGGGUAACCUUUACUUGGCUGUGUCUUUCAGCUCUUGUUUAUGUAUGUCAAGCUAAAAGUUGUAGGAUGUCCUUUUGAGUUAACAAUGAAAAACAAUUCAUUAUUCUCAGUUAGGAUGUUUCAUAGGAUUAAAUCAGUAUGGAAUAUGUUAUUAAUAAACCACUAGAAUUUGAAAAUAGCUUUGAUAUAAAACAACCUCAUGACAUUAUUUUGAGUAAUACCCAUUGAGUCCAGAAACUGUUACAGAAACAGCACUUAUUUAGAAAUCUUUUGAACAGAUCCAAGCAAUUCCCUCAAUUGUAUUGGAUAAGUAAAACAAAUUAUGAUGCAGUAUAAAUGAACAGUUUUGUGUUUCAGUCAAAUAUUAAUAAUGCUUUCUGGUUCAAAUUGUUGGUUAGGUACUGAACAUUAUCCUAAAUUGCAGAAAGUUCCAAAAUCCAGAACUGACUUGGUCUCGAAGAUUCCAGACUUGAGAGGUUCCAGUGCAUAAUGUGUUAGUGACAUGAAUUAAGUUAGUUUAUAAACUGGCUGCAUGUAGGGGCUCACCAUUACUUCUGAGAACAUGAAGGCUUUGAAAAAGCCCAAGUUCAUGUUGAUGUAUGCAAUGGCUAAAUACACCUCCAAUGUCUGAAUGUAUAAUCAACAUCUCAAUCGAAGUGUUUUAUGUGAACAUGGAAUUAUUAAUAAUUCAUAAAUGGAAAAAGUACGCUUAGCACUAUGGUUUUUGUUUUUAUGCUUUUUCACAAAUGUAAACCUUUUUAUGCAUUGUUUGGAAGCUUUUUAUGCCUGUCAUAUUUAAUUAAGUCUUUACUUCUGUCAUGCUAACUUUUUU